AUGAAAAUCGUUGCUACAUUAUUAUUUUUGGUUAUUCUCGCAACUGCAAAAGGCGACCAAUCAAACGGCAGUGAGAAAUGCACGAAUGCCUGCCCGAGAAUAUUCAGUCCUGUUUGUGCCGUUUCCGGUGGCGCAGUCGAUGAUAAGGAAGGUGGUGGUGACGGCGCCCUUGUCUAUCGUUACUUCCAUAAUGAUUGUAUUCGCCGUUAUGCGAGUUGUAGUACGGGCACAGUUUGGCGCAUUACAUCGAUGUCACUUUGCCUCCAGCACGUUGAUCCUUUGGUGCGUGAGCAAUGCCUGCGUCCUUGCCCCUUUAUUUACGAACCCAUUUGUGCAACCAAUGGCGAAGUGAAGGAGAUUUUCGGCAAUAGCUGCGUACUGGAAGUGGAGAACUGCCUGUCGAUUGAGACAUGGACUUUGACAGAUGACAGCGACUGCGGUUUGUAA